AUGGUAUUCAACAAACGAAAAGAGGAAGACGAGGAGGAUCGAGAGGAAAUCGACGACGACGAUAUUUCCAACCUGAAACGUCUCACUCGAGACGCGUUUUCGGACAUCAAAUCGUUGCGAGAAAAAGUGCACCGAUUGGAAACGAAUGUGCAACGACAUUCAUCCUCUUCCUCAAACUCGAUAUUCCACCGCGUGAAAGCGAAAGUGGAGAGCGGUUUCCUCCACCCGCAAGCGGACGAGAACCAGUUUAACGUCACCGCGAGUCAGCGCGUGCGGAAAGGCGCGGAAAUGAAAGUAAACUGCGAGACGCACUUUCCGAAAAUUGGACACGUUUUAACCUCUCUGUUUGCCUGCGAAGGAGGGAAAUUGUUCACGGAAGACGGGCAAGAGUUACACGCGGUCACCUUGCGAAAACUUUCGUACAAAAUAUCCAACGCCAUACCUUCGCUCGUUCCCGACGGCGUGACGAUACGAGUCACGCCGCUCGGUUUUGAAGGCCGAGAUCAGUUUGCAUCUUUGUCUCCGAUUCAAGAAAACGCAUCUUUAACUGGAUUUGGGUCCACGGGGGCGAGUUAUGCAGCGUUGGGGGAUGGGGAUUCAGCGGUGAGCGUCGGGUGCGAAGUGAGUUCAGACGCGACGGUGAAUUUGGCCAUGUGCGCCGGGAAUAACACGCGAGUGGACGAACCGACGGCGAGAGUGAUUGGUCAAGGGAGUUGGAGGAGUAAAAGGAAAGACAAUAAGAACAAGGAUACGAAUAAGAAGAACGUGAAUUACGCCGGCGCUUUAGGAGGAUCAGUGGACGCGAACGGGCAAAAGAUUGCCAGCGUCAGCGUGGCGGCGGCCAUAGAAGACGUGGUUGUCAGCGCGUGGGUGCAAAAAGACGUUUUAGGCGGCGGCGGUGGUAAAUCAUCGUUUUCAAAAUCGAAAAGUAAACGAGGCGGCGGAGGGGGCGGGGGCGAAGAUGUCUUCGAGUGGGGCGUCGUCGCCACGAAACCACCGAGCGCGAGACUGAAACCAGCCACGGCUACUUUGAAAGACAUUUUGUCGCCGAAAAAUCUCGGGUGGGGGUGCGUUUUCGGCCACUCCAACGCCGUCGGCGGGGAACACGUGGAACUUUUCGCGCGCGUAUACGGCGAUGGGUUUCAAAAACCGUCCAUGAGUCUGUUUCCUGGAAUCGUCAUCAAUCGAGACGAACGCGGGAAUUUCGAUACGGCGUUCGGCAUGAGAGCUCAUUGGUAUUUAUAA